AUGAAAAAUUAUGUUUUUUCUGAAGGAUCUCUACAAGCGAAUAAAAUUGCAUGGAACUUCAUGCGCAAUAUAGUUUCUGAACUUGCUUUGAUUUGCUUUCAAACCUUUUUUUUAGGACAAUUCAUGAUUCUAUUGUUUGCUAUAUUACUCUGUGUCGAUGCAUUGCAUAUUCUUCAGUUAGCAGAUUUUCAUCUUGACGUUGAUUACUCUAUAAAUGGAGAUAAUCUGAAAAUGUGUCAUGGCAAUGACACAACUGGAGCUAAACUGGGAUCUUAUGGUGACUACAUGUGCGACGCACCGAUAGUAAGUAAACUUUUGGUAGGAAAGCAGUAG